CAAUAACUUGGUUCGGUGAAAAUGAGAAAAAUAGUUUUGUUUACUUAAUAUAGACGAAAUUUUAAAGUAUAGCUUAUCUAAUAGAAAAAUUGGGUAUAAAAAGAAGUCUGGUCAAUUUGAAGCAAUGCUGGAAUGUGGAUUGGGAGAGUAGUGGAGCAUUGAUGCGUUAAUAGGCUGUAAAAUUUCUAUAUAUACAAUAUCAGUCGGUGGACUAAAUAUUCACUAUCUACUUACCUACCUGGAUAGAAAAGAUGGAUAUUUCUCGUUGGUUUAAAGUGCUUUAUAGGCCGGUUUAAAAUAAGAUUGUCAAUUUAAGAAAUAUUUUGAAAAAAAAGUGAAUGGUUUUAUAAUUAUUUUUUUUUUGUGGAGGAAACCAAACAAAAAAUGAGUUGGCUUAAAUCAAAGUCAUACUCCUUGAAGGUUGGAAAGGAGAAGGUGAAAACAGAGAGGAUGGAUGUCAUAUUGAAGGGCAUUCUUGCCUCAAACCACGCAGACAACAUCAAGAGGGACUUGCUUGUUAAGAUUGCAGAGAAGGGUUCAAGCUCCCAGUCAUCAGGCACAGUCCAGUCUGUACUGGAACUAACGGCUAAAUGGUACCUUGAAGGGGAAUCAAAGUUCAAUGAAAGAGCGUUUGAGGCCAAAGCUCUGAGCUAUGUGAAAGAACAUCCUUAUAUUGAGUGCCUGACAAGCUUUGCUGAAUUCCUGCUGGAGUUCAAAGAGUGUGUACCUAAAGGGGAAUCACUGUUACAUUUUUGUACAAACUUGAUACUCUCCCUUAGUUUAUGCAGCCCGCCAGAGUUGGAGAACGGUUUAGUCACUUACAUCAAAAGUGCAAACACAGUGGCUUCCCUUUUAUCCCAGAUCUGGAGCUCUUCAGAUUCCCUGGUGGUAUUAGGUUGCCUGAAGGAGAUAUUUCGUAUUAUAUCAUCACCGUGUGAUGUUGAACCGUCGGUUUGUCUCGGCUCCCUCGUGCAGUAUCUUCCCGUUGAAAUGAUCAGCACUGUGGUUAAGAACGUGAUUUCAGAUUCAAGCAUAAACAACAACAGUAUGGUGACAGCUAUUCAGCGAAUAAUCGACUGGUUACAGUGGCCGACAGCACUCUACGUUGAUCAGUGGGUCAUUGCGUUCCUCAAAGGGCUCGCUUCUGUACAGAAAUAUAGUAUUCUUAUUACAGUCACAGAAAACAAAGCAGAUCAGAUUUUACCUAUGGUGCCAAAGAUAGUUGGGGAUUGGAAAUCUGACAGUUCUGAGUUUUCCCAGCAGCUUGUCACAAAACUGGCAGAACUUCUUCAUGUGUUGAUGUAUCUUCAUGGUGGCUUCCCUGAACUAUAUGACCCCGUUUAUGAGGUCAUCAAGGAAUUUCCGAAGCCAUCCCCUGAUGUGAUAAAGUUUAAGUUACUGGAGUCCAAGUGGACGGCACAUAGAGAUGGCCAGGCAUAUGUACCAAGGUCGUACCAGCCGAAGGCUGAGAUGGGUAAAACAGGACUAUUCAACCUUGGAAAUACUUGUUACAUGAACAGUAUCAUACAGGCCCUAUAUAUGUGUGAUAGUUUCCGUAAUGGUUUGCUGCAACAUCAGCCCACCUUGGAACAGUCGUUGGUUGUCAAGUUACAAUACGUGUUUGCAUUCCUCAGUCUCUCACAGAGACCAACAUAUGCUCCUGUUAACUUCUUGGCAGCUUCCCGGCCUGCAUGGUUUUCGGCUGGUUUCCAGCAAGACUGUUCCGAGUUUCUGAAAUACCUGCUCGAUCAACUUCAUGAGCAGGAAACCAAAUAUCUCACUGCAACCGGAAGUCCUAAAUCUCCCAGGAAAGAUAAACAGAAAACGGAAUCCAAAAAAACGACCUUGAUUGAAGAAAACUUUGGUGGCAAAAUGAGCACUACUUUAACAUGUUUGAAUUGCAGAUCCGAAUCGAAAAAAGAGGAAAUGUUUAUGGAUUUACCAUUAGCGUUCCCUGAUUAUAACACUACCAGUCAGAAAUCCCUCGCAGGUGGCGAUAGUAAAAUGUCUAUGCGGUCGCACAGUAGCACCAACACGGUCCCUAGAUCAACAGCUAGUGUCCCACCUGAAGAAAUGAAUUGUUUACAUUUGAAUGAUUUGUUAAAACAUUAUUUAAAACCAGAAAAACUGGUUGGUGAUAACAAAUAUUACUGUGAUAAUUGUGGUGGACUUCAGGAAGGCGAAAGAAAAAUUAAAAUCGUGAAGACACCGGAAUAUCUUAUCCUUACUUUGCUCAGAUUUUCAUAUGAUACAAAACUUCAGUCCCGUUCAAAAAUCUUCAGAGAGGUCAAGUAUCCAAAAACUUUACUUAUACCGGUAGAGGAUGAAUCGCGAGCGACGGGUUCUGAAAGAAGAAAAAGAUGUGAUUCACUGCGAUCCUCGGUUGCGAACCAGUUGGAAAAAUGCGGGUUAGAAAUGGAUAUUGACUGUGCGGACGUUUAUUCACUGUGUUCUGUUGUGGUGCAUUCUGGGACGUCGUCAGAUUGCGGACAUUAUUAUUGUUAUGCAAGACAUUCUGUUGUUACGAAUUCAGAAAACGUUUGCGCAAACAUGCAAGACUUUUCACAUGAGGAUGAAAUGGACUUUCUCCAAGAUAAAUGGUACUUGUUCAACGACAGUCGUGUGUCGUAUGCCAGCUAUGGUUCAUUUUGUAAUGUGAGUCAGCGAUUCACAAAAGAUACGGCAUACGUCCUGGUGUACAGGAAAAUUGACGCAGAGAAGAUUGGUACAGAUUAUAAAAUUGGAUUGGAUCAGUCCAUACAACCUACAAAAAUAGACGCACCUUUGAGAUCUGAUUUAAGGGCAGCUGUUGUCAAGGACAACAAGAUAUAUUUGCAGGAGCAGGAAAGCGCUGCUGCCAAAAAUUCGAGUCGGAAGCGUCCCAACGAUUCUACCUGGUAUAACUGGAAGGAUGACGAUGAUAAAGGAGGAGGUGGACCCUGCGGUGGAGGUGGGGGUAGUCUUGGUGACCUCGAUACUUCUGGUGCUAGAUUUGUCUUCUAAGAGGGGAAAAUUUGAAUACAUGUAGUUUGUCACCUUAGCGCAAUAACUGGUUAACUUCCUAUUAAAUUUAGAAGGACUUAACCCAUUAUUACACUAAGUUGAUGAGCUUAUCCUUAGAAGAGCAGCAGAGAAAGAAGAAGAGUUUAUAUUUGCUGUUAUUUUGCUUGAAGAAAAUGGACUUAAAUAUAAUUAUGCUUAUAAUUACGAUGGAAUUACCAUAACAAAACAUACUGAAAGUAAAGGGCAGUGUUCUUAGGUAUAAACUUGAGGCUAAAGUGCAAGCUAAGAACUUUGUCCUGCCACUUGCUUACUGAUUCAUAAACUUGGUAUAGGAUUAUUGACAUCAGUUUCAAUAGUGAAAUUCUGGUAUAUAAGAAAGAGUAUGUGGCCUAUUUAUACAGAUAUAAAAUAGGACAAAUAUGUUUAAAUUGCUACUCUGAAAUAAAAUUCUUAAAGAAGGUUUAUCAUUAUCCGAAAUUAUAUAUGGAAAUUAAGGUCUUGAUUUACUUUAAUGGGAAAACAUUUCAGAUAUUUCAAAAUAAAUAUUUGCUCAACAUUCUGUUUAAAGUAUUUACCGAUCUGGCACAAAAUUUUUUAAAGGGAAUAAAUCCAAUAUGUGCUUAUGAAUAAUUUAUGAAUAGAGCUAUGUAAAGUAUUGAGAUAGAUUUCUUUACUGUUUCAUAUUGUAAGUAAAUAUUUAUAAAGUUUUGUUGCAUUCAUGAUAUGAGCCGCGUCACGACAAAACCAACGUAAUGCGUUUGCAACCAGCAUGAAUACAGACCAGCCUGCGCAGAUGCGCAGGUUGAUCUUGAUCCAUGCUGGUCGCAAUCCCAUUAUGUUGGUUUUGUUGUGACGCGGCUCAUUUUGAUAAAUUAACUUGAAAUAUUCAGCCAAGGUAAAAUGACAUUCUUCUUCCUGUCUCGAUUUGUAUGAUUAAUACUUAAUAUGCUGUAGGUUUCCUUUUAAUUUGACACAGUAAAAUACUGAAAUUUGAGAAAGAAGCUAAUUUUUGUAGAGAACUACCCAAACAUUUUAAUAUUCUGUCAGCCCAUGGACUGAGAGCAGGGUAGGCAGAUAGACAAGGGCAAAUCUUCAUGACCUCCCCCCAUUUUACUUGUAAAACAAAAACAAAAAGACAAAUCAAACAAUGUUUUUUUUUAUAUAAUUUUAAAAUGUAUUUUUCUAUACAUGUAUACUAUUGAAAGAAAAAAAAUGUCUCAAUUUUUUUUUGUGAUACAUAUUGAAGUUACUGCCUAUGGGUAUAAAUCACCUCAAAUUUAUAUAACACACUUGUCGUGUUAUAAAAAAAUUUGGUGCCAGUCCAUAACUAGUUUAAGAGAUUUCCACAGACAAACAUCCUAGAUGUUUAGACUAGACAUGACUUUAUACAAGAAAUUACAAGUUCUUAUAGCUGAUAAGCAUUUUGGAGGGUUUUUAAAAUUCCCCAAAAUACCUUUGUAAUAUAUCUAGAUAACAAAUUCUUUGCAAAGCUUUGUUAACAAUUAGGACUUAAAAUAAUAAUUGAGAAAAUCAAUUUUCCUCUUUCAUAUUUGGAAAUAUUUCAUUUUAUAUUUGAAAGUAUUUCAAUCAAACAAAAUUUUAAUAAAAGUUUUUUUGUUUUUUUUUCAGAACUUAAAAAUGCAAUAGUUUAUUUUUGUUUACUAAAUACCAGGACAUUGUAUUGAUUUUGCACGUAAGAAUGUUGUUGUAAAUCAACAGGAAGUGAAAAUAAUUAUCUCAAACUGUUUUGUUUACCUCAUAAAUCCCAUUUAAAUAAAAACCCCAUUGAUAUAUUACAUAUUUGAAAUGAAAGGAGAAUGAAAGUUGUUCAGUUUUUACAAUUUCAUUUCAAGGUGUGUGAUUUAAAACUUUUUUAUCCAUACUUUCAUGAAAAGCAAAAACUCACAAUGAGUGGUUUAGAAAUAUUAUGUACGGAAUGUUAGAGAUUUGAUUUACCUCAUCAUCAUUUAAUCAUGAAAUGUUGUAAACAGAAAUCUUUCCUUAUUACUCAUCUUCAUACUGUUAAAUAUUUCACUUUUCAUGAACGUCUAGCUCGUUGAAGUAUUCUAUACGCAAUUAUUUCUUGGUUUUUACUGAAUUUGUUUUAGUUUGAUUGUGUAGGAAGCUUAAAGCUUAUAAAAUCAUUCUCAAAUCUGUUUCUGGAACUAACCAGUACUGAGAAAUGAGUGUAUAGUUUUUUGCUCAAGGAAACAACUGCUUGCCCCUGAUGGGGUUUGAACCCAAGCAGAUAGCUGUCCUUAGAUUACUAGUCUGACGCAUUAUCCACUUGCUGCCUCAAUUAUUUCCAAUUUAAGUAAAUUUUGCCCCAAAAAAUGAAUUUUUAAAUUACAAAAACUAGGUUUAUCUAUUUUGUGGAUCUAUACUUUUCAUUAUGCCCAUGAGGUUAACUAUUGAACUUAUCUUGUUCCUGUCAGACAGCUUUCAGUUAAACGUCAGUGAUAAAACUUUAAAGAUCACCUCAGAUUAAAGACCAAAUGAAAUAAAGGAAACACUGUCCCAAAAGACCUGGGUUUAAUCUCUUCAUUUCAUCAAUUUCGUUCUCUAUUUCAAUACAAGACAGUCAACAGAAAGUGUAUUUUUCCCUCAUUGUUCAAGACUGGUCAGAACAGACCACUUUGUUUAUAUUAUCUCUUUAUAACUUACCUCAUACCCAUAUAAUACAAAUGGUUUGGAUACAAACAUGUUACAGAUUGUUAUAUAUUAUAAUUAUGUUGUAUUCAUGAAAUGAACAAUCUGCAUUAUGUAUGAAGAACAAAUUUGCUAAUUCUUGGAUUAAAUUGUCUUUACAAAAUUACUGUAAAUAAAUGACAGCAUUUGCACGUAGGCCUUAUAGAAUAUUGAUAGGGUAACAAAAUACCACUCGCAGUUUGGAUGACGAGGCAAAAUUAUGAAAUAUUCUUACAUAAUCUCCAUGUUUGGCAUGUUUUUACAUGCAGUGGAGUGUUUACGUUAUCUAGAUAUCUUAAUGUUUUACCUUAAAUUUACUUCACUUGCAUUAUCGACUGCUGUUAGAAUUUGGAAAGAUUUAUUAUAUGAGCUGCGUCAUGACAAAACCAACAUAAUAG